UAAAUAGCUGUCAAGUGCAGAGGAAAAAACCGCACGCAUCAACAACACAUUUUUCCUCUAGCGAUAGUACUGGGAAAACAUUUAUUGAGAGGAGAAGUGUCCAGUGGUUGCAGUAAAACAAUAUAAAAUGGGUAAAACUAGCAAAGACAAGCGCGAUAUCUACUAUCGCCUAGCGAAGGAAGAAGGUUGGCGGGCGCGCAGCGCAUUCAAGCUCAUUCACAUUGACGAAGUGUUCCAGAUAUUUGACGGUGUAACGCGAGCGGUCGACCUGUGCGCCGCCCCGGGCAGCUGGAGCCAGGUGCUGUCGAAGCGGCUGUACGAAAGCCGCGAUCCGGCGGAGCGGGAUGAGGUGAAGAUCAUCGCCGUGGACCUGCAGACGAUGGGUCCGCUGCCGGGCAUUAUCCAGCUCCAGGGUGACAUUACCAAGCUGAGCACGGCGGAAGCAAUCAUCGAACACUUUGGCGACCAGCAAAAAGCUCAGCUCGUUAUCUGCGACGGUGCACCGGAUGUGACCGGUUUGCACGAUAUCGACGAGUACAUCCAGUCGCAGCUGCUGCUGGCGGCACUGAACAUAACGACACACGUGCUCACGCCGGGCGGUACGUUUGUGGCGAAAAUCUUCCGUGGCAAGGAUACGUCGCUGCUCUACUCGCAGUUGCGGAUAUUUUUCGAGCGAGUCACUAUCGCCAAACCGCCCAGCUCGCGAAACUCCAGCAUUGAGGCGUUCGUGGUGUGUCAGGACUACAGGCCACCGGAGGGCUACGUGCCGCAGCUUAUCAAUCCCAUGCUGGACGACGUUCAGGUGAUAGCGUGCGAAACGAGCGCUCCCGUCAAUCGGUCGAUCGUACCUUUUCUGGUGUGUGGUGAUCUGCGCGAAUUUGAUUCCGACAUGUCGUACAGUUUAAAUAUUGAUCCGGAAAAGGAUUACGAGUAUCGGGACGUGGUGCAGAAGCCACUUGCGCCGGCCUACAGUGAGGUACUGGAGCGGAUGAAAACGACCUCCCUCAAGCAUGGCAGCAUAAAGGUGGAAGCGGAUAAAAAGAAGGAUUAAAUAAAAUCAUUCUUCGAAGUAUUCACUUUUACAACCGUAA